UUGCGGAGUGGUGUCACACUCGGUGAAAAUAACGGUGGGUGUAAACAGACUGCAGAGUAGGGAAUGCAAGGACCCGUACAGCUACGGCACCAAUGUUUUACAGCAUGGAGAGCCCGGGCUCCGUCGAGAAGUUGCCUCACCACGAGCAGAUGGAAUUUUGCCUCACGAGAGCUAAAUAUCGACAAGGAAGGAAGCUCACGGCAGUUAAAGUAUACACGGUGAAUGACGAAUCAAAGUUCCUUAUUUUGACGGGAAUUCCGGCAAUUAAGAUCUCCAACGAAGUCGAGAGCCUGUGCUUGAAAUAUGGCCAUGUUGAGUUCAUUCAGCCGUUGCCGGACUACCCCUGUGAAGCUUUCACGGAAGCUUUCCUGGUUAGGUUUGCCAGGGUUAAAAGUGCAUGCUUUGCCAAGGCGCAAUUAGACGGAAAGAACUUCUAUGGAGGGGUUUUGCAUGUGUUUUAUGCCCCAGAGUUGGAGUCUGUGGAUGACACGAGAGAGAAGUUGCAAGAGAGGCGGAAGAGCAUAGCUGCCCUGACAAGGUACGGCCAAGACCCCUCCUUUGUCAACCCUUCCAAAAAGCGCGGCGUGUUUCAGUAUGGUAAUUCAUCCAGGUAUUUGUCACGGUUAAAGCCUCAACCAGGUGAGAAACCUAUGCAGAGCCACAGUAUCUCUGAAGAUUUGAGAUCAGUGGGAGGCAUUAAUGAAGAAAACCCUUUGACAAGAUCUUGUAAUGCUGCUAAAGGCCAAGAAAUAUCUAAGGACAUUGGAUAUAGUGAAAUUUCAGUAGGUGGCAGCUGUAGACAGUUAAGACAGACAAAUAUCCCAGGAUCCAGUCCGAGUGUUAUCCCAUCACAACAAAGCGCAUCUCGUGUUUCUAGUGAAAAGAGAACAGCCAUUGAUAUUCCCUUUAUAGAAAGCAAUAAGAAGAAAAUUAAAUUAUUUGGUGAUAAUAAGGUCCUGUUGUAUAAAUAAAAGUGAGGUGCCACAUUCAUAGCAAGAAUAUUACAUUUGUUCAUGAUUGUCUGAUUACAACAUUAGUCAUUAUCUUUAGUGUCUGUUUUCUUUAUACAGAUAUCAAAUUGUUAGAAGUUUUUCAUUAUUUUAGUCUGUAAAGGUUGGUCAUGUGACAUUUUGCAAGAAAACAAUGAUCAAAAUUCUUCAUGUAUUUUGCAAAUAUAAAUACAAUACAGUAAUAUAUUUCCAUUGCCUGACAAUAACAUUCUCAUUUUUACUAUACUUAUCAAGGAAUACAUCAUAAGUAAUCUCAUUAUUUAAAGUUAUUUGUCUACUUAAUUAAAGUCUUUAUAUAUA